GGUCCAGACUCCAGUCCAAGGACUGGGGGUUGGGGAUCGCUGUUCUAGAGUUUGAAGGCCUAUCUGGGUUUUAUUUAUCUCAUGGCCACAGCUGGUGGGCGUGGCUUCAGGAUAUAUAACAACUUUCAAACCCUUGUCUAGUCAAUGCAACAUGGUCCGGACGCAUGACAUGUGAAACACCACUACUUCAAAGAUAUCAGAACGCAAUUUUAACAUCGCAUAAGUAACCUGCACUGACCUCGACCGUGUCUUCGUGGAGACGCUCUGUCCAUCAUGUCUGUGGGGGGGAUGAGAGCCCCCCUGGUUGUGGAGUCCGGAUCCGAGGAGGAGGAGGUGGAGGUGGAGGUCCUCCACAGCGAGGAGGAGCUCAGGCUCAGUGUCCACCCUGCGGUGGGCGUCCUGGGCUCCGGAGAUUUCUCCCGCUCUCUCUGCACCAGGCUGCUGGCCUCCGGUCACCGUGCGCUGGUGGGCAGCCGGGACCCCUCCCGUCUCCCCAGGGGCCUCUUCCCCGAGGGGACGGAGCUGGGGUCGCAGAUGGAGGCGGCGCUGGGUGCGGAGAGGGUGGUCUUCGUGGCUCUGUUUCCUGAGCACUACCCCAGCCUGGUGGGCCUGAGGGAGGCUCUGGCCGGGAAGGUGCUGGUGGACGUCAGCAACGCGGACAGGCUGGGCCGCGGUGCGGGGGGGUCCAACGCCCACAGGCUGGCCCGGCUGUUCCCCCAGAGCCACGUGGUGAAGGGCUUCAACGGGGUCUCCGCCUGGAGUCUCCAGACCGGGGCCCAUGAUGGCAGCAGGCAGGUGCUGAUCUGCGGUGACGGCCCUGACUCCAAGGCGGGGGUGGUGCAGCUGGCCCACCGCAUGGGCUUCAGCCCCCUGGACAUGGGCUGCCUGGGGGCCGCGGGGGCGCUCGAGGAGGCCCCCCUGCGCGCCUUCCCCUCGUGGCGGGGGCCGGUCCUCACCACCCUCCUCCUCUUCCUCUUCCUGUACGGCUACGGCUCUAUGAAGUACGUGCUCUUCCCGUACCUGGCGUCUGGCCAGAACCACUUCUAUCAGCUGCCCCUGGAGACCGUCAACCAGACGCUGCCGGCCGUCGCCAUGGUGACCCUGGCGCUGGUCUACCUGCCAGGUUUGCUGGCUGCAGGCCUUCAGCUGAGGAGGGGAACCAAGUAUAGGAGGUUUCCCAGCUGGCUGGACUGCUGGCUGGGCAGCCGCAAGCAGCUGGGCCUGCUAAGCUUUCUGUGUGCGGGGCUGCAUGGUAUCUACAGUAUGUGUCUCUCCAUACGCAGGGCUGCCCAGUACAACCUCCUCAACGCAGCCUACAGACAGGUGAGGGCAGAGAUUCCUAACUCCUGGGUGGAGGAGAAAGUGUGGCGGUCAGACCUUUACUUGUCAAGUGGAAUUCUGGGAUUUGGAGUUCUCUGUGUGUUGGCCCUUACCUCUCUUCCCUCAGUGGGAAACACCUUAAACUGGAGGGAGUUCACGUUUGUCCAGUCGGGCAUGGGCUACGCAGCGCUGACGCUGACCGUGAUGCACACGCUCUUCUUCGGCUGGGACAUGGCCUUCUCCCCGGGCUCGUACUCCUUCUACCUCCCCCCCAUGUUUGUCCUGGCCCUGGUGCUGCCCUGCGUGGUGCUAGUGGGCAGGCUGCUGCUCGCCCUGCCCUGCCUCGCCUGCAGGCUGACAAUGAUCCGCCGCGGCUGGGAGACCAAGAGGCCCCGGACAGACCAGGAAGUAGGGAUAACCAAUGGGGUUGUGGCAGACGGCUGAGGAACCAGGAUGUGAGAAAAUGUGUGAUGCCACAGGACUGUGGAUGGAUUCAGCUGAUGAUGAACAUGGAUGUCUCUUUUUAGUUGUCUUUCUGACGGUACGACUGCUGACUGAAAGAUGCAUUUUAGACCACAUUUUGUUUCAUUCUGUGAAAAACUUUUUAGAUAUUCAACUUUGAGUUGGAAAGACUUGUAAUAUGAAUGACAAUAUUAAUAGCCUUCGUCGGUCAAAGAGACCAUUCAAUGGUGUACAGUCCAGAGGUGUGGACUUUUUAAUAUUUGGAUAUAAAUACAUUAGAAUCAUUAAAGAAGAUGGUUCAUUGGUGGUGCCUUCGAUCUAUCUAAAUAAUUGUGGGUCGUCAGUCACACACAAUACAUGCAAUAGGUACAUUAUAUUUUAUUUGGAGUUGAUUACAGAAGACUACAGGGAUAACUUGUGACAUAAAACUAGAAACAUGGCCAAGUUAUUGUAUGCUGCAUUGAAGAUAUGUCAAAUGGCCUUCAGAUUCACUUACAUCUGUGAAUAAAAAAUAUAAAUAUGUCAUAAAUAUAUGGCCUGUUAAUCUUUGAGUCUGUACAGGGGAUUAAGGGCUAUAUAAAUCAAAUGUAAUUGAACUCAUUGGCACUGGAUGAAUCCUUAGGAUGGCAUUUGGUCCUUCAGGUUUGAUGAAAUAGUGCAAUACUAAUAAAGCCACAUGCUUUAUAGGACAGGGAUAGUUUAAAAUGUUAAGGUCCCAAUGUGUGGGAUGAAUGUCUUUUAGUAUUCAAAUAAGUCAAUAACGGUGUUCUGUGCACUCCUAACUGGCUGUGUUUGUGUCUCACACACAAGGGGCUGUGUGUGUAGCGUGAGUGGGAGGGGAUUUGGAGGGUCGUUAGUAAGAUUCUCAUCAACAAAGGGCUAGCCAGCAUUUUUUGUUGUAGGAUAAGUUAUAGGUGAUUUCCUCCUUUUCCUUUUCAUAACAUUUUUGAAAUCACUAUCGAUCAGCAUUGACUACAAAUAUGAACAGGUCAUUUUAAGCUCCAUACCUUGAUGAACAGGUGAUUUCCAUUUCCGCUGCCAGGUCUGAAAUGUGUAUUUUAAAUAUGUGAUCUCAGGACCAAACAAUCUCUUAAAGAACCCUAAUAAUGUUGGUUGCAAAAAUGUACUUGUCUACUUAAAAGUCCUCUUCAAGAGUGUUGUUCUUGAUUCAGAUGUGGCUGUUAGAAGUUACUGUCACAACGGGAGAGUACAAAAAAUGAGAUGUCUUCUCCAUUUUUCAAGGAAGUGGUUUAUCACCACUGUCACAUGCCAGCCUCCUGCUAUGGUGAGUGAUGAGGGGGACUAAUGGAACCACCAGUGGUGAGGCAUAUUUUACUGCAUGGUCUAAGAGGUCUCCUUGAUGAGAUGCUACACCACCAUCAGGACGACGCUGGGUUCACCCCGUUCUCUAUCAGGUCCUCAUGGACCAGACCUGAUGGAUACACAGGCGAAUGUUUAACACUACACCACACACUUGCUGCCUUUACCUGUAUAAUACUUACAUGAUGCUAUUUUUCAACAAUAUAUGCCAAAAUAAUGGCAUAGACAGCCAUCCCUGCCCUGUUGGGGUCUCAUCCACUGCUCCCCGCUGUCAAUCAUGAACUAUCGCAUUUUAUCCUGUUUCGUCACAAUAUAUUUUGUUUACACAUGCAAAAUGCUUUACAAUUAGUUUCAGGUUGCCUUCAGCGCCAUUGGACAAGCAACAGGAAUGUUUGAGACAAUUACAAUUGUCUAUUUACCAUUCAUACUGUAAUGUUUAUCCUUAUACACAUGUUUAUACUAAUGGAGUGACUGCACUGUUUAUCCUGUGAAAUAGCAAAUAUAUAUCACUGAAGCAACACAUUUGUACCCUGACUACUUAUUUCAGGAUUGCUAUAAUCAUCCCAAUUUUGGUUGGGGCAGAAACCUACUCAGUCACUGAAAUAAGACUCCAAUCUGGCCCAUCAGCUUUAUUCAUCUUUAGAUAAUGUCAACGCAUAACAGAA